AUGAAUCAACUUGAAUAUAAUAUCGUCUUAGAGUUUGAAAGUCAAGAUCAGGUCGAAUCCGCUUAUCAAGUUUUUAGGAGCGUUCCAAACAAGUGUAAAUCAGACAGUAUCUGGAGAGGAAACAUCGAGAAUAACAAUCAACAUUGGCAAGACUGGAGGGUUUGUGACUACACAGUAGACAUGAUAACAGAUUUCACAAACCAAGCAUCAAAGGAAGAGGAAACCGAUUUGAUUACUUCACAAUACUUAGGUCAUGGUAUAAUAAGACUGUUUAAGUUGAACAAUCUUGAUAAUUCCAGUGCUGAAAAGGGAAUUUUGACUAUACCUGGAGAUGAUACCAUGGCCUGCAUUCUAUUUGUCCCAACUUACUUUACUGUUCACGAUUUAUUGCAUUUUUAUAUUGGUGAUGAGAUUGUAAAUAAUCAGAUUUCAAACUUCCGUAUAUUAAGAAAUCAGCAGAAGGGAAUGGGUUUCAACUUUACAGUUUUGAUUAAGUUUAGAAAUGCACUUGAUGCAAAAAAUUUCAAAGAAGAGUUCAAUGGCAAAAGUUUCAGUAGGAUGGAUCCUGAAACAUGUCAUGUAGUUUCUGUAAAAGAAAUUGUUUUCCAAGAAAAACUCUUUCAAAGACCUACCGCUAACGAAGACUUCCCUUAUCUACUUACUGAUCCAUUUACCGUUAAAAAAAAAAGAGAACUAGUAAAAGUCGAAUUACCGACAUGUCCCGUUUGCCUGGAACGGAUGGAUUCGGAAACAACUGGGUUAGUAACCAUUCCAUGUCAACAUACAUUUCAUUGCCAAUGCCUAAACAAAUGGAAGAACUCAAGAUGUCCCGUGUGUAGACAUUCAAGUCUGCGGCUAAGCAGAGAUUCUUUAUUAAAGCAGGCAGGCGAUUCUGCGCGUUGUGCAACAUGCGGUUCCAAUGAUAAUUUGUGGAUCUGCCUGAUUUGCGGCAAUGUUGGAUGUGGCCGCUACAAUUCCAAACAUGCCAUCAAGCAUUAUGAAGAAACUCUACAUUGUUUUGCGAUGGAUAUACGAACACAAAGGGUAUGGGAUUAUGCAGGAGAUAAUUACGUCCAUCGGCUUGUGCAGAAUGAAGUUGAUGGGAAGCUCGUAGAAGUUGGCGGAUCUAGUGAUGAUAACACUAAUGAAACUGAUAAUCCUGAUGAAUUGCAAAAUGUCGUUAACGGCAGCAGGAAUAAAGGGGGCGAAGGAUCAAACUCUAAUAAAAAAGAUGGAGAGCUUGCGGCAAAUUUUCUAAGGCAUAGAGAGUAUCAUUUAGAGUACGUACAAGUAUUGAUCUCUCAAUUAGAGUCACAAAGAGAAUAUUAUGAACUAAAACUACAAGAGCAAAAUCAAAACGUAUCUGAACUAUCGCAAGUAGAAAGUUUACAGAAGUCUAUGGAAGAUUUAAAGCUGCAAUUUCGAGCUACUCAAAAAGAAUGGCACGAGAAAGAAACAAUUCAAAAAACGAAACUUGAUGAAGAUAAACUAGUCAUCGAGGGAUUGCAGGCCAACUUGGAUCAUUUGUCGAAAAAGCAAGAGCAGUUAGAACAAGACAAAAAAGUGUUGGCCGAAUCUAAGCAAGACCUGGAAGAGCAGGUAAAGGAUUUAAUGUUUUACCUAGAUUCCCAAGAAAAAUUCAAAACCGCUGAUGAGAGUGUAAAAGAAGGUACCAUCUUAAUACAACAGCCUUUGGAAGGAGCCCAGUCAUCUAAAAGCAAGAAGAAACGCAAUAAGAAAAAAAAACCGGGGAAAUAA